AUGUUUUUAGAUGAACUAAAACAACAACGCACCAGCACCAAGAAAAAUAUCAAGCGUAUUAAAAAUAUCAUCGAUGCUAGCUUACGACCAGAUCCGGAAAUCAACAUUUCAACAUGGAAUAUUCCAAACACCAUAGUACUCGCUGGUGAUGAAUUUCAUAUACCAAAGAAAAUCGACACGUUGCUGGAUACGGAAACGUUCUUCAGUCUUCAAUCUGUAGGUCAAAUCCAUCUUGGGUCUAAUUUACCCAUCUUGGAAAAAACGCUCUUAGGCUGGAGCGUUUCGAGACGCUAUAAUACCGGCCGUAACAAUAUAUCUAAACCAUCUUGUUUAUUUUUAGCCAUUGAAUAUUUAGAUGGCAAAUUUAAAAAGUUGUGGAAAUUGGAAGAAGUUGUUACCAUCCCAGAGGCUUGGACUCGUGAACAACAGAUUUGCGAUCAUUUAUACAAUGCAACAGUUUCAAGAAGACCUUGCGACAGAAUAGUUGUGAAACUCCCUUUCAAGGAUGAUCAGACGUGUUUGGACGAGUCAUACACUACGGCAUUGGGACCAUUCAAUGCACAAGAACGUCGAUUAGCCAAAUCACCACAACUGACAGCACAGUCCGUUGAAUUUAGGAACGACUACGAGAGCCUGGGUCAUAUGAGCAUUGUAAAGAAUCCAAAUCUCAGCGAACCGCAUUAUUUUAUACCACAUCAUUACAUUCUUAAACCAACAAGUACAACAACAAAGCUUCGAGUCGUAUUUGACGCCUCCUGUUGA